AUGGUGCACUUGUCCUGGCACAAACCCCAGCUGGAACGCCGGAUCGUUGGCUCAACCAGCCGGUGGCGUUUCCUCAGAGAGCCUUUUUUGGGGGACCUGCUGGCGCUUUCCCAGAUGUGCAAGGCUGUCAACGUAGACUUUGAUGAAGUUCUGAAGAACCCAGACAGGUUAUGCAUUUCACAAAUUCAGGAAAACUUCCCUGAGACUUUGAAGAACAAGGCCAUCCAAAGCGCGGAGGCAGGUGUGAUUCUCGAAUGCCUUGGCUUCAGGUGGGAACUCCAUCAGCCCCAGCUUUUUCAGUCCGAGACCCUGACCAAGCUUUACAUGAUGGCCCUGGCCCGGGGCAACGCAAACCCUGAGAAGGAGCUGGAGAAGCUUCUGCAAGCUCAGCUGCCCGGGAAGAUUAAAGAACAACGCCCUGUAAAGAAGAUGAUCGUUUCCUUGAAGGUCAAUGACCCUCUGGUCACCGAAGCUGCCUUUGCUGUGGCCCUGCAGAAUCUCUACCUGCGCGAGGUAAGGGUGAGCAUGGACGACGUGCUGGGCGUGCUGGCUGCAGCCCACGUUCUUCAGUUCAACAGCCUGUUCCAAAGGUGUGUGACCAUGAUGAUGAACGGACUCACGCCGAGCACCAUCAAGGACUUCUACCUGGCCGGCUGCAAGUACAAGGAAGAGCCGCUCACCACUGCCUGCGAGAAGUGGAUGGAGAUGAACUUGGUCCCUCUGGUGGGGACACAGAUCCACCUCCGGAAAAUCCCGCAGGAGCUGCUCCACAAAGUGCUGAGGUCCCCCAGGUUGUUUACUUUCAGCGAGUUCCGCCUUCUGAAAACACUUCUUUUGUGGGUCUACUUGCAACUAAACAGCAAAACUCAGACGAUGCCGACGUACGAAACUGUGCUCUCAUUUUUCAGCAGCUUCCCCAAGAAGUGUUGCUUUCUGGACCGGGAUGUGGGACAGAACUGGAUGCAGCUCUUCCUUUGCCUGCGUCUGCACGGCAUCACCAAAGGCAAGGAUCUGGAGGAGCUAAGGCACAUUAACUUCUUCCCUGAAUCCUGGCUCGUCCGGGUUAUAGCCAACCAUUACCUCGCGCUGGAGAAUGGGGGCGACAUGGCCCACGCGAAAGAUCUUACCACCCAGGGGGUGAGAUUCGGGCUGCUCUUUAACCAGGAGUAUACUACACAUUCAAAAGUGAUUGCCAUGUAUGGAUUCUUCUUUGAGAUAAAGGGAAUCAAACAUGAUACUACUUCAUAUAGUUUUCAUAUGCAGAGAAUAAGGCACACCAACUUGGAAUUUGCCUCCUCCGUCUAUGAGCACAGCCCCAUCAGCCUGAGAGCAGAGCGCUUGGUGACGUACGAGAUCAGAGCCCAGACCCUGGUGGACGGCAAGUGGCAAGAGUUCACGACGAACCAGAUCAAGCAAAAGUUUGGGUUGGUCAAGUCGUCCUGCAAAAGCCACGCCUUGAAAAUCCAAACUGUGGGCAUCCCAAUCUAUGCAAGUUUUUCAUUCAUCUUCUCAUUAUCUUAACGGUUUUCCGAAGAAUCUAUGGCAUUUUUUUUUCUUCCACUGGUCCAUGUAAAAGGAAAUAAAACGACAUGAAAGGGACUGCUCAAGCAUUCAGCUGACUCUCCGAGUUAGUAAUGGUCUCAGAACUUUGGCCCACUGUCUUGGUCUGUUGGGCUGCUAUAACAAAACACCACAGACUGGGGGCUUAUGAACAACAGAAAUUUGUUACUCACAGUUCUGGAGGCUGGAAGUCCAAGAUCAAGGUGCCAGCAGAUUCCACGUGGUGUCUGAUGAGAACCUGCUUUCUGGUUCAUAGACGGCUUCUUCUCGCUGUGUCCUCACAUGGUGGAGGGGGCAGGGAGCUCCCUGGGGCCUCUUUUAAUAAGGGCACUAAUCCAUUUUACGAAGGCCCUGCCUUUCCCUCAUGACCUAAUCACCUCCCAAAGGCCCCACCUCCUAAUGACAUUACCUUUGGGGGUUAGAAUUCAACAUAUGAAGUCUGGGGAGACACAUUCAGACCAUAGCACUCCCAUUUGUAUCGUCGGAAGAUGGAAAGUAUCAGAGCCAUGAGUCCAUUGCCAUCAUCGACCCCGAAGCUCCCUGAGUCCAGACCUAACUUGGUGCACUCUCGGAAGCACUCCUAUGGGGGCAUCAACAGUAACAACAUACUCCAACAGGAAGCGCCAAGGUUCCCCUUUUUGUGAUACAUCUCUGCUUGCCACACAGAACAACACACCUUGCCAUUGUCCCUGGCAGUUUUGGCUCAGCCAGAACAAGAGGUAGGAAGGGAAGUAAACAGUUAUAAGGUAUGGCAUGACUUAUUUACUGUCCCACCUUUUUAAAUGGAACUUUAGGUUUUGGAAAAAGCAAGGCAAGAGAGUCUUUUUUCGCACCGUGUGGAUUAGUUUUCUGUUGCAGUGUAGCAGAGUAACAAAAGUUUAGUGGCUUAAACAACACAUACUUAUUUCACAGUUGUUGUGGGUCAGGAGUCCAAGCAGACUUGCUGGGUCCCCUGCCCAGGGUCAAGUCUACAAUCCAGUGGCAGCUGGCUGUGUUCUCAUCUGAAGACACAAGUGGGGAGAACCCAUGUCCAAGCUCAUGAGGUUGCUGGCAGAUUCAUUUCCUUGCAGCUGUAUGACUGAGGGCCUGACUGCUUACCUGCUGUCGAGAGAAGACCACCCAGGCUCUACAGGCCCCUGUACUUCCCUGCCACAUGGUGCUCUCUACAGACCUUUCAGAGCAUGGCUGUGUGUCCUUCAAGGCCAGCAGGAGAGUCUCUCUAACUGUCAUCUGCUAAGACAGAGCCGUGCGUACCGCAAGGUAAUCUUGGGAGUGACAUAGCAUCACCUUGGCCAUGUUCUCGGGGCUAGAAGUAAGUCAUAUGUUCUACCCACACUCAAGGGGAGAGGAUUAUACAAGGUGUGUGAUGAUUUAGGGUGUGUCCGCCACAGCCUGUUAACCGGUGUCUUUGGGAAAGUGAUGGAGCAUCAGCUGAUGCCGUAUAGACAACAAGUGGGUAAAUUUAGUCUGAUGAUCACCGUAGAAUCAGACAUGGGUUAAGGGAGCCGCCUUCCCAGCAGAGGACUGAUGCCCUGGGCAGAGUGAGCUGGCAGAGAGGAGGGCUGGUGGGAAGGUGAGAAGGGGAACCAGUGGAAGAAUUGGACAAACGAACUGGGAGUUGGGUCUGUCCUAGCCCCCAUCCUGCAAGUUCUGUUCCCUAGCUUGCAUCUGGCCAGGCCCAGCCAACAGGAAGUGGUGAUGGGAGCUUGGAGAAUAAGAGACUGAGGGAACCCAGGGGACUUCUCACCCUCUCGGCUGCAGAGGGCAUUUUCCAGCAGUGGCUGUCUCCCCUCUAUGGCUCCAGCUCUGCUCUGCUGUCCCAGCUCCUACCUGGCAGCCUCCUGUCGUGGUUCCAGAUCCAUCAGAUGGCCCUGCUUCUGCUUCUGUUCUGGUGACGCCUCCUCAUCUGUGUACCCCUGCAGCUCCAGGCCGGUGAAGACUUCCUGCCGGUCUCUGGGUGCCUCAUUCUCCUGUUUGCCUUCCCAGGUCUUCCUUCAUCUGUGUGAUCUGUUCUCUAUUAUAUUUAUUCUGUUUGAAAUCCCUGGAGUAUUUUAGGCUUUCCAGACAAGUCCCUGAUAUAAAGGGUUCUGAGGAGUUGGCAGGUGUGACCCAGUGCAUAGGCUGUUGGAAAACAGCCUCGAUUAUUCCUCCCACCCCUGCAGGGCCGGGUCAGGGCAAGGCAAGUGAGACACUCUCCUUGUGUCAAAAUACACCGUCAUUCAGAUUAAUAGUAUUUUAGUGGACUAUCUUAAAAAAAUCAAAAUCAAUGCCAAAAAUCUGUGACGUAGGUUGAUGAAUUACCACAGAUGAACACCCCCAUAUUCCAGCGCCCAGAUCAAAACCAGAAAGUGCACGAUCACCACCCCAGAUGCCCCCCCGCCUCCUUGUACUUCCUCCCAGUCACUGUUCCUCGAAGGUAAACGCUAUCUGACUAUCACAUUCAUUACAACGGCCAUUUAGUUUGAAUAUUGAAUGAAGAGAGUCGUGCAGCCUGUUCUCUUCCAUGCCUGCAUCCUUUGGUUCAACAUCACGUUUAAGAGAUUCAUCCACGUCUUCGUAGGGAGCAGUAGUUUGUUUUCAAAUAAGGAUCGUUUCCCCUUUUAUAACACGAAAUGUUACUUCUAUAUAAUAACAAGCUUGUUGAAGAAAAAUGAGGAAAUUCAAAGAAGACAAUAAAAUCCAGUGGGACUCCCAUCAUUCAGAAGUUUGGCAGGUGACCUUCCCGAAUUACCUUUAGAUGCACUUGGAGUUUUCUUCCCAUUCAAAAUGGGAUUAUGCAAUGUGUUUUUCCUUAGAAGCUGAUUUUUUUCCUCUCUCCAGAUAGAUGAUUUCUUUAACAGAGAAGCACAGCCUUGGGAGAAGAAGGCGGUGAUGAAUUUGCCUUGCCUCCAAACUAAUGGUGCUAAGUCGGAAAAGUCACUUGUCAUUUCCUCUCUGUGAACUGUGCUUCCUUGUCUAUAAAAAGGGGAUAAGGCAGCCCCUCGGCCUCCCUCGGGACUAUGAUCCCUGCGGCCACGAGUCGUGUAACAGCCCCUCGGUAAGCAGCCCCUGGGCAGAUGUUGGGGUGCGGCUCGACUCACUGGCUCUGGAGAAAGAGCAGCCUUGUGGCAUUUCACCAGGGUCCUGGGGGAUAAUGGGGAGGAUAAGAAUGGAAAACUUCUGAAAAGCAAGUCCGUAGAUGUCCAAGAGAGAAGAAGCUGUUUGGAAGCGCUGCUGAAACAUGAAUGACUGUCCACUUUCUAUGGGAAACCACUGUCCUGGCUCAGCUAUUUGGAAUAUGCAAUGUCAAGCUCCUGGAGUCUGCAGGAUUGGGAAAACCUCGCGGAACAGCAAUUCCAAAAAGGCCUCCCUAAGGUGACCAGUCACACUGUGAGGGUCCAAAAGGCAGGGAUGUAGGAGAAAGGCAACCCCAGAAAGGAUGGAGUAAGGGCCUGACGGGCUGGGCUGCGUCCCCUGCCUCAAGGGCCAGAGAAUGGAGGCACCUGAGGCAGAAGGACUCGGGGCAUCAGGGACAGGAGAUGAUGUCAUUUCUACCUCCUCACUGUAAGAGCGGGGAAUCAGGCCCAGGGAGCUGGAGUGACAGUUCUGGUUUAAAGAUGUUACACUUGACGCCCACCCUCUCACUGAAUCCUCCCAACUGCCCCCCCUCCCCGUGAUGUAGGUGUAUUUUCCACGUCAGUAAGAGUGGCAGCUGAGGGCUUCCCUGCUGGCGCAGUGGUUAAGAAUCCGCUGGCCAAUGCAGAGGA